AUGAGGAUAGGCUCGCUCUACUCGUUAAGACACGGCGCUGCUGACACGCUGCAUCCAACCCGAGCACAGUGCCAUCCUGCUGACAUUCUCGCUAUUAAUGAGACCUGGUUGACGCCUGAUAUUUCCGACCACGAGGUGAUCCCCACUGACUACGUUGUGCUGCGGAAGGACAGAACUGGCGGCCGCAGACCAGCAGGUGGCGUCCUGCUGGCCAUUCUUCCGCACCUUCUGCCGCGCCGACAGACACAGCUCGAGACCACUGCUGAGGCCGUUUGGGCCAAGGAUACGGUCUCGAAUUUGCGGUUCCUCAUCGCCUCGGUGUACAGAGCACCAAACUGUACGCCGGAGCAAAACGAUGAGUUGCUUCGCCCGCUUGCGCUGGCCGCCGAGCAGCAGCACAACUACGACGCUUGCUUUGUCAUGGUCGAUUUCAAUUUGGAAGUGGACUGGAACAACGAGAUGCCGCUGCCGAGAGCUGCACCUGCUGAACAAAUCGUCGAUGCCUAUGAUAAUUUAUCCUUUGCGCAUCUGAUAAAAAACGCAAUGAGAACCACGGCCACGAGCGAGAAGACCAUCGACUUGUUCCUAUGCGACACACCGAAUCUAGUCUCCACGAGCGAGGUUAUCGCCGGCGUUAGCGACCACGACGCGUUGCUGAUCGGCCUCAAGGUGGACUCCCGCCGCCCGCCACCUGUGUCUAUGACGCUUCCGGACUGGCGGCGUGCCCACUGGCCGGCUCUCAACGACCAACUCGCGGUGAAGUUGCAAGAAGUGACGGAAGAAGAUGACCUCGCGGAAGCCUGGUCAGCCUGGAAGACAGUGCUGUUAGAAUGCGUCGCGGAGUGCGUGCCAACCAGAAGGACGCGAUCAAAGAGGAAGCUGCUCCCCUGGCUCAACAAAAAUCUUGAAAAGCUAAUUAAAAUUAAAGAUGAUCUGUUCACGCAGUGGAUGAGAGAGAAAACCAAUGAGACGAGAAGCAUUUUUGAGACGGCGAGAAAGGCGACCCAAGGCGCUGUCAGACUGGCUAAAGACCGCUGGUUUUGGAUUCUCGGCCCUGACGGCCGUAUUUUCAGUGAGCCUGCAGCCGUCGCUAGCCAAUUUCUCGCCACUUUCAAGCAGAUCUUCUCGCCAGCAGGCACUGAUUUUCCGUUCGUGCGCCACGCGCCCGUCCAAAAUGAGAAGCUGAGCAAGCUGCAUAUCACGGCGAGCGAGGUCAGCGCCUUGCUGCACGUCCUGGACGCCAAAAGUGCCGCAGGACCGGACGGCAUCCCUGCAGUGCUGCUCAAAAACUGCGCUGAGACGAUCUGCCCCAGCCUCGCCCACAUUUACAACCUUCCGCUGCGGACACGCGACUUGCCGGCCGACUGGAAGUGUGCAGCGGUGACGCCGAUCCCAAAAGAAGGUAACAAAAAUGAUUUCAAUAAUUACCGCCCCAUCAGCGUCACCUCGCUCGUUGGAAAACUCUUGGAGAAGCACGUCCGCAAGCAGCUUGCAGCCUUCUUUGAGAGGAUAAAUUCCCUGCCAGACUGCCAGCACGGCUUCCGCGAGCGGCGCUCGUGCACGACAAUGUUGCUGAAAACCCUGGACAACUGGACUGCGGCCCUCGACAGCAACAGCGGGCAACACCUUCAUCACCAUGGUGUUGACGGCGAGGUCCUCGGGUGGCUGAAAAACUUCCUCGUUGGCCGCAGCCAGUUCGUGCGUUUCGGCGGCGCACGAAGCGAACCAUGUGAGGUCACGAGCGGCGUCAUCCAGGGCAGCGUGCUGGGGCCGCUGCUCUUCAACAUCUACGUGUCCGACCUGCCUGCAGCCCUGAACACUAACCUGAAGCAAUACGCCGACGACUGCACCGUGUUCAGGGUAGUGAGCUGCCAAGACGACGUCGACGAACUGCAGGACGACCUCGCCCUCGUCGACAUCUGGUGCACCAACAACGGCAUGCAGCUGAACGCCAAGAAAUGCGUCGCGAUGGAUAUCUCGCGCGCGCGCCAGCCGUGCACGCCCCAGUAUACGAUUGGCGGCGUGGCGCUCGACUACGUCUGCACGCAGCGCCUCCUUGGCGUCCAUAUCGCGAGAGAUCUGCGCUGGAACCACCAUGUCGACGUCCAGCGAAAGAAAGCAGCGCGUACUCUUGGAUUCGUGGCCCGCAAUUUGCGUGGCUGCACGCAGAGAGUGAAAAGGAUGGCGUACCUGACUCUCGUGAAGCCUAAGUUGUUUUACGGGACUCCGGCGUUGCACCCCUGGACCAAUGCAAACAUCGGGAAGAUGGUUAGAACCCAGAACAGAGCCCUCCAUUUCAUCCACGGUCGCCACGUCCCGCCACCUGAGAAGCAGAACAUGCUGUCCGUGCCGGCCCAACUUGGCUACAACGACCUGCUAUUUUUCAAGAAGAAUCUUUGUGGCCUCACUGAUUACGACGCAAUGGCGCGCAUCACCGAGGGCCGCGUGCACCGUGGCGACGACCCGCUGCAUCCACGGCUGCAACAGCCACCAGCGCGCACCGAACUCGGCCAGUGUGUGUUUGAUUUUCGAGUCAUCGCUUUUUGGAAUGCUGCACCACCUGCAUUGAAAGACUGUUCAGCGGCACAGUUUCCUUCCAAGUGUAAGGCGUAUGUGAGUGCGUGA